ACCGCUUCUCGUGACAGCGGGACAGAUGCUUCUCAGGCGAAAUACUGCUCGCUGCAGGAAGUGUAGCAGGGCUGCUGCACGGCGCAUGCUCUCUGCUGCGUCUCUGACAAGCAGCAGGAUGAGCUACCCCCUGCUGUAACAACGCUCUGCGGGGAGGCGGUGAUGGCGGAUGCUGAGGUCACCGUGUCUUCAGGGGAUCUCAUGACGGUGAAGGAGGAGGAAGGGGAAUCCAGUGGCAACAACCAUAAGACUCAAGUCAUCCUGCACCUGCAGCCCAUCCUGCACGGGAUAAACAAUGACAUUGCUGACACUGGUACUACAGUCUUGGCCAUAGAGACACAUCAUGAAGACAGUAAAGCAGAAGGAGAGGAGGUUGAGUAUGGCUACCCCAUCACCUGUGGAGACAGCAGAGCGGUUCUACUAUUUAAGAAGUUUGUGUGUCCUGGAAUCAACGUCAGGUGUGUCAAAUUCAAUGGCCAGCUCAUCAGUCCCAAGCAGUUUGUACAUCUGGCAGGGAAAGCCACUCUGAAGGACUGGAAAAGGGCCAUCAGACUGGGAGGGGUAAUGCUCAGGAAGAUGAUGGACUCUGGCCAGAUAGAUUUCUACCAGCAUGACACCGUGUGCAGCAACACCUGCCGCAGCACUAAAUUUGAUGUGCUGAUCAACAGCACGCGGCUUCCUCCGGGGACCUCGGUGCAGCCAAGCCUGUCAUGUCUGGCUCUUGACCUUGCUGGAGGACAGGUGCCUCCCCUGACAGGAGAGGCUGUGCAUGAUGCAGCAGAGGUGGAGGAACCUCUGGAGGAGAAGUUCAGCGCAGCAGCAGAGUGGAGCCCUGGUCGAGCCCGGGAUGUGAAUCCCACAACAGCCAACGGACAUGUUGCAAAGAGAAAGAGGGCCGACACACCUGAUGGAGUGCUGAGCCUGUGGAAGGGUGUGGCAGACUCAGGGCUGAUGGGGGAGGUCCUGUCCAGUCUCCAGACUGAAUUAUUAGCCACUCUUAAAGGAGUGGAGGUUCGCAGUGAGAGGGCCAACCUGCAGGAGACCGAUGCCGUCAUACUUAAUUCCCUGUGUAAGAUGUUUGGCCUUUUAGACUCAGUGAAGCAAGCUCUGGACCUGAAGCGCAGCCAGGAUGAAGAGAACAAAAUCCAUAACAAUGUUUACGUGUUGGAUGAGAUUUUGGAGGAGCGGAGGAAGCAGGGUUGUGAUAAAAGCACCUCCUACAAAACUCUAUCCUUGAAACACCUGCGACCUCAACGUCACAACCCGUCAAACAGCCGCUUGCUGUCCCCAGUCAAAACAAGCCCGGUGAUCCAGCCGCUCUCUGUUACCGGUUUAUGUGCUGCGUCUUACGCUCAGCUCUUCACCCAUUUCUCCGCCUCAACUGGCCAGCGUCGCCACAUCGGAGUUGGCAGGACGGACGGGGACGGCCACGAUGACGGGGAGCAUGAGCUCGGUGAGACGGGGAAAAGGGAGAAGCUUCGCAGGCUGGUGCAGGACGGCGUGGAGGGAGGAGAGGACACCUCAGGGAUCCACAAAGAGCCUGGACAAAGGACUGUUAAGUUUCAUGAGGACCCUCACCUUAGAGGUGAGGAUGUAGAGGAGACAGAGGGGUUGCAUGAUAUUGAAAAGGUGGUUAUAGGAAGAAAGGUGUCAAAGAAACAUAAAAGUAAGUGAGGGAGAGAGACGAUCCCAAAGGGAUGCUGGACUAAGAGAGGGGAUGUGCCUGAUGGGACCUGAAGACUGAACGUUUAUGCUCAUAUAGUUUAUACUGCCAGCCCGUUCUCAUUCCCAGGGCGUAAAAUACCGAUGCUUUGUCACGGCCGUCCGCGUUAGAUACCGACGCACCAGGCACCCUUUAGCAUCGGUAUGAGACGUACCAAGCUUUCCAUUAACUACAACGUAAACCCAUCUGUGUCAAUAUUAAAGAUUCAGGGAAAGGGCGCCAGGAGUGUGGUGGCGUAGCUUUAAGAGCGAAAGAGACACUCAGGGCGGGCUGUAGGGGCCGGGUCCAACAAACACAAGGCUUUCAUCCAGGAGACCGCUGUUUGUGUCCCGUGCGUCACGUUACAAUCAGCUGUCCAUUCGUCUCCUGUGUUCACCACGUUCAGUGUCAUUUUCACUGUACAAACGUAGUAGUUUUUAAGCCCAACCAAUGUUUUUCCUAAACCUAACUCAUUGGUUUUAUUGCCUGAACCUAAGCAAGUGUUUUUGUUUACUUCACCACAUUGAGCACGUGUUUACUGCGACCGAGAAGUGACGCCGGGGGGUCUGACAAAGCGUCGGUAUAUGUGGAGUUGGGAUGAGAACGCGUUGAUACUGCGGUUACUCCAGUUUGUGUUACAGACACAGAUUUGUUCUUGCAUUGAAGACACAUUGAAGAAGAAUAUUUUGGACAUACGUUUCUAACGUUUUAAUAACAAUAACAACGCGAAAAUUAACUGGCACCAGCUUCUCAAAUGUGAAUAUCUGCUGGUUUAUUAGGUUUUGGACUGUUGGUGGAACAGAAUUUGUGAUAUUUUGCAAUAUGAAGCCGUCACUUUGGACUCUAGGGAAUUGCACUGGGCAUUUCUUUUUGUUACUAUUUUCAAUUUUAUAGACUAGAAAUGAUUAAUAAGCAAUAAAUAAUCAUCAGUUUAAUUGAUAAUAAAAACAAUGGUUAGUUGCAGCCCUAAAACACAGACUUCUCUCUUGUCUAUUGAAUAUCGUAUUAGGAACAGUGCUAUGUAAGUAUUAAGAUAAAACACAAGUUUUAAGAUGCCUCUCGGAUGUCUGUUAAUAUAAUAUUUGGUUAUAUUUAUGAUCUUUGGUGAAAACAUUUUCCCUCGUCUAAAAGUAAUUUUCAACUUUUUCAGGUCUUUGUGGCAAAUUUUCCCUCAUACUUUUAUAAUUCAUUUCUAAUACUAUUUGUAAUUGAGCAUUUUGUGAGUUAGACUUGUGUAUUGAAUUUUAUAUAAUUUGUGAAAUAUGUCUCACUCAGGCUUGUGUUUAGGCCCUUGUUAUGGUGCCUGAGAUCUAUGCACUAGACAUUUCUUAUUUUUUGACAGUGAGAACUAUAUAUAAAGUAAGUAUUGUGACUGUUGAUGUGUUGCUUUAUGCGGGGUUUUAUUAACAUGUGCUGCAAAUACAUAAUCUUUCCCCUUUCUCUUUAUCAUAGAAAAGGACAAAAUAUGUAAUGCACAUGAGAGUAUGAUGAAAAGGACACCAAUGGUCCAAAUGACCAUGUAAGAUAAUGAACACAUUUUAAAUAAAAACCUUUAUGUUUGA